AAAUCUCUGUUAACUUUUGCUGAUUAUUGAUCCAGAUUAAUGCUUUCAAUUAACUUAUAAGUUACAUAUACACACAAUUUUUUUUAUGUAUGUAUUGUUAUUAGUUCUGUACAUCACAAUUGAUCAAAGACCAUGUUAAAUCAACUCUUCAGCAGAGGCCUUCUUGGACCAAAAUGCAAAACUUGCCUUACUCUAGCAAUCUCACGCAUGAAACUCCUGCAAAAUAAAAGAGAUGUUCAGCUUAAACUUAUGCGAAAGGAGAUUGCCCAAUUUCUUCAAGCUGGACAAGAAUCCAUUGCUCGAAUACGGGUGGAGCAUGUUAUACGAGAGCAGAAUAUAUGGGCAGCAUAUGAGAUUUUGGAGAUGUUCUGUGAAUUUAUUCUUGCACGUGUUCCUAUUCUCGAAAGCCAAAGAGAGUGUCCUUCGGAGUUGCGGGAAGCUGUUGCAAGCAUAAUAUUUGCAGCUCCUAGAUGUUCAGAUAUACCAGAUUUGCUGCAGGUCAGAAAUCUCUUUGCUGCAAAAUAUGGGAAGGAGUUUAUAGCAGCUGCAUCUGAGCUUCGGCCUGAUACUAGCGUCAACCGUACAAUAAUUGAGAAGCUUUCAGUUAGUACUCCGCCAGGUGCAAUAAGACUCAAGGUAUUAAAGGAUAUUGCACAAGAACACAAUGUUGUAUGGGAUUCUUCCAAAUCUGAAGCUGAAUUCAGUAAAAAGCCAGAGGAUCUUCUGAAUGGACCAAAGCCGAUAGCUAUUGGAAAUUUAGCCUCUGAAGAUCAAUCUAAACCUGAUACUCGUGAUACUCCUAGUCUUUUAUAUUCCAACAUGUCCUUGAAUAAUAGACAUGGGAACUCAGAGUCUAGAUCUCCCAAAACUUCCAGGAACACAUCUCUUGUUGGUCAAAAUGGAAGUCAAACAUCAAUUAAGAGCCCAAAGAUAGGACCAAACACUGGAUUCAAGGAGGAAAGAGGAUCACAGCCGUCAGAUGUCUUGCAGAAAGCUCAAGAAGCUAUUGCUGCUGCAGAGCGUGCAUCAGCUUCUGCACGUGCUGCCGCUGAGUUGGUUAAUGUCAACUUCAAUACAGGAAAAUCAUAAGGACCGAGAACUAUUGAUGGCUCUUCAUAUGUUCUUUGAGAUCAACGUGAAUAUAGGCUUGUAUCAAAGCCCCAUUCUCUCAGCAAGAAGUAUAUAGAUACUCCCCCUCAUGACUGUUAAAAUUGUAAGUUUUGUUUUUCGUUAUUGCAGGCUUGCAGCUCAUUUUCUUCUUUGUUAUAGUCGGAUAUUUAAGUACGUAUCGUGUUUCCCUUAUAAGGGCCAUUUACCCAAACACUGAAUGUGUAGUUUACUUGCUAGACCGCUCUUUCUAUAGGAUAUUCUUUUUGAAACAUCAUUCAUCCAGCAAAUGAUCUACUGUGAAAUUUUAAUUAGUCCAAUAUAUAUCUUUAGUCCA